GAAUUUUUCUUGCGUAAGUCGUGUAUUUUUUGUUGUUAAAUAAAUUGUAACUUUCGUCGAUUGUACCAUAAAGAUAAAAAUAUAAAAAAAAAUUCUUUCACCACCGAAUUGUAAAUAUUUAUUGAUAUAUUCGGAGAGGUGGCUUAGAUUUUGACGGAAAGGAGAACUAGAGUACGUUGCAGGGUGAUUUUGUUGAUAGAUAUUUGAGUGUGACGAAACGAAUCAGUCAGUAAAACCUUUCUCUCACAUUAAAUUAUUUGAACAAAACAUACUUCAAAAUGCCGGAUAAUAAAUCAGCUAACAUAAGUCCCGUAAAAGACUUCCUUGCCGGAGGAUUUGGUGGUGUAUGUUUGGUUAUUGCCGGACAUCCAUUUGAUACAAUCAAGGUUCGUCUACAAACAAUGCCGACACCUGCUAACGGAUUGCCUCCAAUGUACACCAGCGCUUUUGACUGUUUCAAAAAAACAUUUGUAAAUGAAGGAAUAAGAGGCUUUUACAAAGGUAUGGCCGCACCCACAAUGAUGGUGACUCCGAACUAUGCCGUUUUGUUUUUCAGCUACGGUCUGGGAAAGACCGGCGUGAGUAAGCUGAUGCCUGGUGAAUUAACGCCAGUUAAACUGUUUAUGGCUGGUGCAUUUGCCGGUGCGAUGUACACGUUUACCAUAUGUCCGGUUGAACGAGUAAAAUGUCUGUUACAGAUUCAGUCAGGUAAAGCGGCUGGCCAAGGUCAAAUUCUAUAUACAGGACCAAUCGAUUGUACAAGACAAUUACUCAGAACGGGUGGCAUUCGUAGUUUGUACAGAGGUCUUGGAGCAACAUUUGUGCGAGCUAUUCCGCAGGCCGGAUUGUACUUUAUGACGUACGAAAUUUUGAAGAAAGCUUUCGCACCAGCUGAUGGCUCAGGUUUAAGCACGAUACGGACGUUGACCGCUGGCGGUCUAACCGGAAUCAUCAAUUGGGUGUUCAUGCUGCCGGCCGAUGUUGUUAAGAGUAGAAUACAGACAGCUCCAGAAGGGACAUAUCCGAGGGGUUUCCGUGACGCUUUUCCGAAACUUUUAAAAGCGGAAGGAGUCCGAGGUUUGUACCGAGGAAUUGUGCCAGUAUUUAUACGAGCAUUUCCAGCGAACGCUGCAUGCUUCACAGGAUUUGAAGUUGCUAUAAAAGUUUUAGAUGUAUGUGCACCUAAUCUGUAACAAAUUCUUUAUAAAUUAAAAAUUUGGUUAA